CACACACGUCAUUGUCACUUGUUGUCACUGCACAAUAACAAAAAGUGUCCGAAAAUUAGAAUUUUCAUGAUAAUUUAAUUAUUUUAUAUUUUCAAAAUGAGUGCAAUUUUUAAUUUUCAAAGUUUGCUGUCUGUUAUUUUGCUAUUGAUCUGCACUUGUGCAUAUUUGAGAUCAUUUUUCCCAAGUCUCAUGGACAGAAACAAAACUGGGUUAAUGGGAACAUUCUGGAAGUGUGCAAGGAUUGGAGAGAGGAAAUCUCCGUAUGUAGCUGUAUCUUGUUUAGUUAUGGCGUUUUCUAUUCUAUUCCUCACAUAAAAUUUAUGUAAAAUUAAUUAUGAUAAGUUUUAAUCACAGUUAAGUAUGUACUACUAUGAUAAUAUAUUUUAUUGAACCAUUUA